AGAGCCGACAAGGUUCACUACUUGUUAGAUAAGGAAAUAAAUGUUAGUUUAAAAAAUGUUUGAUCAUUUUCUCGUCUAAUUCUUGUAGUUACAUUUCAAUGUAAGUAUUAUUACAAUAAACCAUCAGAAUGCCUAAAAUUACAGUGAAAGAGUUUUUCGGCUUAAUCAAGCUUCUUCGAAUUGAUGUUUUCUUUUUCAUGAGCAUGUUCAGCUCACUAUUACCAAAUAUUGCUUUAAAUCAGUUAAUUCAAGAUAAAUAUUGUAUGAACCAUUAUUCAGCAAAUGAAUCUGUUUGUUUGAGACUGGAAUCAUCAGCAAGUGAAUAUGACUCGAUACAAAUAGGUGUUUUCAAAGAGACGACAACACUUAAAAUGUACAUAACAAUAAUAACAACAAUACCAACAAUAUUCACAUCUCUCAUUAUGGGUUAUUGGAUCGACGCUUAUCCCAACCAUUUGAGAUACAUGCUUGGCUUUGCAUCAGCAGCAAAUGUAGUUCAAAAUAUCAUGGUCAUCUAUCAGUGUAUUCAUUUUGAAACAGAUCCUUAUUCAUUGUUGUACACUUAUUUGUUUCCCAUUUUGACUGGAAGUGGAGCGAUCAUUUAUACAGGUACCUUUACUUAUGCAACUCGGAAAACUCCGGCUAAAUAUCGAGCCAUAAGAUUCACGGUUCUUGAGAUUUUUUUCUUCGCAACUAUGCCUACAGCUAACACUUUGGGAGGGCAUUUGAUUGCAAGCGAUUUUUGGUCUUUUGGUCUUCUUCGUAAUUACGUUGGGGUUUACAUUUUUUCCUCGUUGGGCGCUGUUCUUGCUACGAUUUGGGCUUUUGUAAUGUUAAAUGAUUCCGAUCAGACUGUUGAUCAACAAACGGUGGAAAAGUUAGAUGUUAAUUUGAAUAAUGUUGAAGAUGGAGGCAAAGAGAAGGAAGAAAAAGUUGGUUUCAAGCAAAUAGUUGCUGACUUGCUCAAACCUGAUAACUUGAUUUUAUCCUGCGUUCGCUGUGUAUUCAAGAAAAGGCCCAAUAAUGGCCAUUGGUAUAUAAUUUCAACCUUAAUGGCUGGGUUUAUACAGAACAUGACUUAUCUGGGUGAACAAAAUAUUGUUUAUCAAUUUAACCAACGAGUUUACCAUUGGGAUGCAAAACAGAUUGGCUAUUAUGGGUCACUUGUAAUGAUCUUUUUUACUUUAGGUGCCAUUGUGGGUCCACCUUUAUUCAUUUACAAAAUGAAACUUCAUGACAGUGCAGUUGCCAUUAUUGGUAUCGUUUCAGUCACUUACUGUUUCCUGGUCAAAGGAUUAAUUCUUAGUCCAAUUGUCUACGUUUUCAUGUUUUUUGGCAGUUUUGCUGGUGUUUUACUAGCAAUUGAUCGUUCAAUACUUUCACGAAUGGUUCCUACAGAUGAAGUUGGAAAACUGUUUGCAUUUAAUUCAGCGAUUGGAGGAAUAAUUCCAAUAUUAUCUUCACUAUAUUAUACCAAAGUAUUUCAAGCAACAAUAGACUACAAUCCAGGUCUUGUCUACUCAUUGGCAGCGAUAAUGUUCAUCCAUCCACUGGGCAACGCCAUUGUGCUCACAAGAAACAAGGAGAAAUGGGAUUUAGCACUAAUUGCCGAAAAACAAAAGGACAAUAAACAAGAAAGUGAACUCACGAAUCCUCUACUCGUCGAUCCAAAUGCUAACAAAGAAAUUGAAUCAUCUCAGAAACAACAAGCAUAAGUUGGUGAAACAGUGAAUAAACUAACCAACGAAGUUAAUUUGACUUUAAACUGUUCCAUGAUAACUAAAUUUGUGAAAAUUGCUUGGUUUUAUGAUUUAUCUCUGAAGCCAAGUGAAGUCAUCAUAUUCUGGUUAAUGUAAUUUUUGAUUUCCAUCAAUUCAAGAUCUUUCAUUAAGUGACAAAAUAAUGAAAAAUAUUGAACAUAAAACAUGAAAUAUUUGAUGCUUUUUUUACUUUAUGUUUCUCUUUUCUUCGCCCUAAGUUGAACAUCACUCUUCAUCGUUCACAUCAUUUAUCAUCCAGCUGUACAGUUUUUUCAACCAUUAUGAAUUUCAAAUGAAAUUAAUUGGUAUCAUUUUACAGUAUUGGAUAACUUAAAAUCUCAAGUGUAAAGAGGAAAAUGAAGGAAACAAAAAAGGAGUCAAUGUAAUGUUUAAACGAUGCAGAGAGUAAAACUGGGUCAAGAAACAUAAAUUUUGUUCCAUAUUCGGAGUUGAGCAAGAGAAAUAAGAAAUUGUUCAAAAGUGAAAAGCUAAUGUUUUCCCUGGAAAGGAAAGGCAAAAUGGGUGAAGAUGAAGAUGAGAAAGUGAAUCAAGUUGAAAAAUGAAUAUCAAGUUAUAUUUGGUUUUGGCGAGGAAUGAAGGAAACAAAAUUAGGUGUUAAUAAAAUAACGAGAAAUAUUUUGAAUGGCAGACAAUUUUUAUAUAAUAAUAAAAGCUAUUUUACUCAUCGUCAGCUCAUUUCAACUGUUUGUUCAUCACUUAACUUGAAACUUUAAAUCUUUUCGCCAAAGUAAAAUGAUUCAAAAAUGAUGAUCAUCAAAAAUUUACAUUAAAUCAUUUGAAAACGUAGAGUAAAUUUACUUAAACAUUUCAAGUCAAGUGAUUUAUCAAAACCUCAAGCUCAUUAUUUAAACUCAAUCACUUUCAAUUCAUUUCUUUCUUUUUCUCCAUAAGUUUACCUUUCUUCCUUUUUUACCUUUUCAGCUUUUCUUUCAUUCUAUUUCAAGAUUUGAAUUGAUUGUUUGACCCUCAAAUAGUGACACAACAUCACAAAUUAUCAUUCACUUUGAAUUUACCUUUUUUCAUUGAAUAAAUUAAACUUUACUCAACUCUGUCGACCUGUCAAAUCCUAUUAUCUCUUUGUGUGAGAAGAUGAAAAAUAAUCAAUAAAAUGGUUACGAUUAUUACAAUAGAUAAUCUUCUUGAAUAAAGUGUCAAGUAAAUAAUAAAUAUUUGAUUAUCAA